UCAGGAAUGUCCCCCCCUCUCCCGGGGACGUCACAGCUGAUGUGUCUUCCUCUCUCCCAGCCAAUCAUCAUCCCCCCUUUUCCUUCUUUUAUCCUUCCCUCCUCAUCAUUCUUCAUCCCUCCGAUCCUCCAAUCCUCACAGAUGAUGAUGUGACUUCCCCUCCUCCCUCCUCCGGCUGGUCCUCCCCUCCUCCCCUCUCCUUUCUGCAGUGCUAUGAAUACCCCGGCCAUGAAUCCUCUAUUGACUCCCAGCCUCCUCCUGCUCUCCUCAGACCCCCCUCUGCAGCAGGGCGACAGCCCCCCAUCACCGUCCCAGUCAUCGCUGCUCCUGGGGGCCCCCUACGCCCAGACUGGGGGGGCCUCGGCCCUGAGGAACGACUUCGGCUCCAACAUCAGCGUCUUGAAGACCCUCAACCUGCGAUUCCGGUGCUUCCUGGCCAAGGUGCACGAGUUGGAACGGAGGAACCGCUCUCUGGAGAGGGCCCUAGAAAGAGCGCAGGGCGCGGGGCCCAGCACCAGGGACCAGGCGGUGCAGACGGGCUUCGUGGGGCCCAUCCUGCCCCCUCCGUUGCUGGGGCUCACCCGGCCGUCCCCCACUCCCCCUCCGCAGCCUUGGACCUACGGGCCGCGGAGGUUCGCCACCCGCACCGACGUCGGGUCUGUCGGGUCCGGGUGCGGAGCCUACUGGGGUCACGCCGACGGGGUCGGGGUUCAGAUCGAUACCAUCACCCCGGAGAUCAGAGCGCUCUACAACGUCCUCGGCAAAGUCAAGAGAGAGAGAGAUGCCUACAAACAGAGAUGGGAGGAGGAAUAUUCCGCUCGCGUACAGCUGCAGCAGAGAGUGGCGGAGCUGGAUGAGGAGGCUCAGGAGUCGGCUCUAUACCAGGAGGAACUUGCCAUGAAGGUCAAACAGCUGAAGGCCGAGAUUGUUGUCUUCAAGGGGUUGAUGAGCAAUAACCUGUCGGAUUUGGACACCAAGAUCCAGGAGAAGGCCAUGAGGGUGGACAUGGACAUCUGCCGCCGGAUCGAUAUCACCGCCAAACUGUGCGACGUGGCUCAGCAGCGCAGCUGUGAAGACAUGAUCAACAUGCUACAGCAGACUGUCCACCUCUCCCCAAUAAAAGUUCUGGGGAGGCGGAAAGAGAAGAAGCCGGUCACUGAUGACGACACGUCCAUGUGUGACAGCGAGAGCGCCAGAGGAGGGGAGGAGGAUGAGAGUACAGCGCUGAGUAUCAACGAGGAGAUGCAGAAGAUGCUCAACCAGCUUAGAGAUUAUGAUUUCGAGGACGACUGCGACAGUUUGGCGUGGGAGGAGACGGAGGAGACUCUGCUAUUGUGGGAGGAUUUUUCCGGAUAUGCGAUAUCUGGCGCUGAGCAUCAAGGAGAGGUCCAGGAUGACAGUCUGGAGGAGGUGAUCAAAGACACGGAGUCUCUCUUUAAGAAUCGGGAGAAGGAAUACCAGGAGACCAUUGGUCAGAUCGAGCUGGAACUGGCGACAGCGAAGGACGACAUGACCCGCCACCUGCAUGAAUACAUGGAGAUGUGCAGCAUGAAGCGAGGGCUGGAUGUGCAGAUGGAGACGUGCCGGAGACUGAUCAACCAAUCAGAGGACAGGUCUCCUCCCCCCAGCAGCGAAUCGGCCUGUAACGAGGACCCCGAGGACUCGGACCGCGACGUUCCGUCUUCGGACAGCUCGGCCAGAUGAUAAAAGAGGAACUCGGAAUUCGUUCUGCACCUGCCACCACUGCCUGCAGGGCGGCGUGACGCUGUAUGCAUUGAUGUUCAUUCCCCGGGACGGAUUCUGAGUGCAGAAAAUUGACCAGCGGGUGCAGCUGCUAGACUCUGGGGAUACAAAAGGGGGCGCAAUGCUGAACAGAGCCUGGGGGUGAAGGGGGCUCUCUGGCUUGGUAUAUAUAGGGGUUUGAUGCUUUAUCCUGUACGUAUAGCUGCAAUAACGUCUGUAGAUAUUGUCUAUAUAGGUGUGGGUGCUAGGCAUGAUUCACUUUAGUCUGCUGGGAAUAUUACGGGGAAUGUAUGGGCGUCACAUGCCGAUGGAGUUCGAUGGGAUUAUACGCCCGUGCUCAGGCUGUUCCAUAUUGGCAGCGCCAAUGAUGACACGCAAACUGCAGCAACCUUCAGCAGCCAAUCAAUCGGCUCCAAAGCCAAAAUAAAAUUAGCUUAGAAUGAGAAGAAGACCUUUUCAUGAUCCCUGACCUGCCGCUGGCCAAUUGCUAUCAACCUCCCAUGAAUUUAGAGACUGCAGAUGAUAAAGCAGUGUAAAAUUUACCAGAAGCAGGGAAUUUCCAAUGAGCAAAGCUAGGCCUAAAUAUACUAAAGAAAAAUAGGUAGAUUCAGGUAGAGAGGAGCAAAGUUACGGCGCCGUAAAUUAGCUAGGCUAGUAAUGAUUCUC